UCCCCCGAAAUGUUACACAAUUCCCCUUGUCCAAGCUAGAGACACACCAUGGUCGACCACCAGGAGCAUCAACCUCAAUUUGCGCCCGGCAAGGAGCCCGCCACGGCGACCGGUCGCGAUGAACCAACACCGCCGGCUCCCACGCACGCCGCUCAGUCCUCCGCCGAUGACGACACCACCAGCGAGCUGGACGCUCUCGAGCUCCGCGAAAUUGCCACCCAGGACGACGACGAAGCGGGCUUUUCCACCGAGUCGAUUUCCUCGGGAGAAUAUCGAAUUCGAACUCAGCGAACGGUGUCGCGGACCGUCCAUACCAGUCGGGAAACAAGCAAGGGGCUCUGGGGAUGUAUUCGGCGCUUCUGGACGCGAAAUGUGGUGUUGGCGGUGCCUCAGAAGAGUAACCGGGAUCAUUUCGCAUUGGAACGAACCUUCUUAGCUUACAUUCGCACCUCGGUCAUGGUCGCCAUGCAGGGCGUUUUGAUCGCCCAGUUAUUCCGUCUCCAGCACUUGGCGUCGCCCGAUAAUGCGCUAGGGUUCUACGAGGUGGGUAUUCCCCUGGCUGUCAGCUGCUAUGGCGUGGCGAUCCUGAUCGCCUUUAUGGGCGCCUAUCGCUUCUGGAAGCAGCAGAAUGUGGUGGCUUUGGGGACGGUGUAUGCGGGGGGGUGGGAGUUGAAUUGCAUUGGCGUGAUGAUCGGCUUGAUUAUUUUGACGACGUUUGUUCUGUCCUUGACCAUUACGCUCGAAUUGGAGAAUGAGUGAUACGAUAUGAUAUGAUGAUAUGUCUGCGACCUGUCAGUAUACUUAGGUAGAUUGGAUAGCUUGUUGGAUUGGAUGGAGGCCAGUGAUGGUUGCUCCGAUGUUACAUGACGGGAUGAAAAGUCAUGAUAUGUAUGGGAUAGUUUUGGCUAUUGUUGAUUUGGCUGAUUUGGCUUGCAAUAUCUGCGAGAUCAUAUCUUCACUCCACUAGGAAUAUCGUUUGUCGGCAGAUCGAGUAGUGGCCGGAGGGGUGGAGUAUUUGUUAUGGGGUCAACGGACACCUUGGAACUUGGAAGGACUCAGCUGGAAGCCUCAUAGAGCCCCAGAACCAUGGAUCUGUAGAAACA